AUGUCAUUGUUCGUGCCCAACAUGAACGCCGGCAUGCGGUACUACGACGACACAGCAGCAGCGACGCGCCGCGACUCGUGCGGCCGCGUCUUCGUGUCGUCGGCCGACGGCUGCCCGAGCCGCGACGGCUCAGCCGACCCGAUGCUCCCGGGCGGAUAUCUCGACCGGAAGUGGUCGUCGGCCGAGCACGUGCCGCCCGAUCCGGUCAACAUCGUGCAGAGUCGCGCCGUCAAUCGUCGCGUCAUCAUCAACGUCGGCGGGGUGAAGCAUGAGGUGCUGUGGCGCACGCUGGAGCGUCUGCCGCGCACGCGACUCGGUCGGCUGCGCGAUUGCGCCAGCCACGAGCAGAUCAUGGAGCUGUGCGACGACUACUCGCUCGUCGACAACGAGUACUUCUUCGACAGACAUCCGCGCAGCUUCGCAUCCAUACUCAACUUCUAUCGCACCGGCACUCUCCAUCUCGUCGAGGAGAUGUGCGUGCUGUCGUUCUCUGACGAUCUCGAUUUCUGGGGCAUCGACGAGAUCUACCUGGAGGCGUGCUGUCAGCACAAGUACCACCAGCGCAAGGAACACGUUCACGAGGAGAUGCGUAAGGAGGCGGAGAGCCUGCGCGAGCGCGAGGGAGAGGACUUCGGAGACGGAUUCUGUGCCAAAUACCGCAAACGUCUCUGGGACCUGCUAGAGAAGCCGACGACAAGCAUGGCGGCUAGGGUGAGUGCUGUCGUCGUCAUCGUCAUCAUCGUAGUCGUCACCUUUAUCAUCACGUUCGCUGUCCUUCCCGCUAAGAAGGAGAUGGAGGACAACCCGAACCUGGUGAUCGUAGAGGCGGUUUGCAUCACCUGGUUCACGAUCGAGUACAUGCUGCGUUUCUGGGCGUCGCCGAACAAGUGGAAGUUCUUCAAGGGCACGCUGAACAUCAUCGACCUGCUCGCCAUCAUGCCCUUCUACAUCUCGCUGUUUCUCAUCGAGACGAAGACGACGGAGCAGUUCCAGGACGUGCGUCGCGUCGUGCAGAUCUUCCGCAUCAUGCGCAUCCUCCGCAUCCUGAAGCUGGCUCGCCACUCUACAGGGCUUCAGUCGCUCGGCUUCACGCUGCGUAACUCCUACAAGGAGCUCGGCCUGCUGCUCAUGUUUCUCGCUAUCGGCGUCAUGCUUUUCUCGAGUCUCGUCUACUUCGCCGAGAAGGACUACAACGACAAAUUCAGCUCAAUACCGGCGUCGUUCUGGUGGGCCGCCAUCACCAUGACGACGGUCGGCUACGGCGACAUGGUGCCGCGCACCGUGCUCGGCCAGUGCGUCGGCGCCGUCUGCUGCAUCUGCGGCGUGCUCGUCAUCGCGCUGCCAAUCCCGAUCAUCGUCAACAACUUCGCCGAGUUCUACAAGAACCAGAUGCGGCGCGAGAAGGCGCUGAAGCGGCGCGAGGCGCUGCAGAAGGCGCGCCGCUCCGGCAGCAUGGUGUCCGUGCACUCGCUCAACCUGCGCGACGCGUUCGCCAAGAGCGUGGAGAGCGUCAUCGACGAGAAGAAGAAGUGCAGCCUCGCAGCUGAGCGCGCCAAGGGAGGCGCCGGCGGCAGCGGCGGCGGCGGCGGUGCGGCUGCCUUCAGGGCAUACGCUAACAUCAUCAAGAUGAACAACCGCACGCGCUCCGGCGGCGGCUUUGGCGGCGGAGGUGAUAGACUGUGCGCGCCCGAUUACUACCAGAAGUCUGCGAGCACGGGCGACCUGGUAGACGUGGAGGACCCGGCGGCCGAGCGGCUGUCUACGCGCACGGGAUCCGUCACGGUGCAGGACAUGCGGACGUUCAUUCAGCGGGAAAACCUCGCCGGACACGACGGCACGAUGACCAGACGAUACGACGCUCCCGCUAGAGGGCACAUCGAGCUGGCCAUGUUCAGCCAACCCGAAACGAGAUCAGCAGCAGGUGACUCUCCCGCCGAGCAUGUUGUCAGUCUACCGCUGUUUGACGACGCGCCGCGGCCUGUUUACGUAGAGCGCAUAAAUGGCAUGCCCGUCGCCACGGUGUCCCCCGUCAAGCUAGCCCGGCUCAACCCCAAUAGCUCCAUCACCGACUCGCCCGGCAGUGCGAGAGUUCCCACGUUCCAAAUCUCGAGCGAGGUGCCGGUGCUGCCCUCCGGCGGUAAUUCCUCGCCGCCGUGGAACGCGGGUGGCGGCGCCUGCAGAUCUCGUCCCGAGCUCGGCCCGCGCAAGUCCCAUAGUCCUCCAACAAAGGAGAAAACACAUCCGAAGCAACCAAAGAAGCACCACCGCAGCUCUCCCUUCUGCAGUAAAGGUAUAAUGAGCAGAGGUUCCUCUGAUGCCGAGGAGACGCCCAGGAAGGUCGAUCCACUCAGCGACUACGGCAAGAAGAAGUCCAUCCUAAAGAAGGACUACAGCAGCAAAGAGGAGACCGAGCAUUUGCUUCCUGAACGUCUGCAGUCAAUGUCGUCGGAGCCGUGGGACUCCGGCUACAUACCAGGGGGCGCGCACGUCGCAGCGCUGCCCGUGGCUCAACGCGUCGUCGCCCCCGUGCUUGUGACGAUGCUCGACCGUCGCCACGCGCGCUCGCAGUCGUUCUGCACGCAGCCGCCGCACGUGCGCUACGCCGACGACCACAAGGUUCGCUCGAGCAGCAUGGAGACCGGAGACACGGCGCCGUCGUCGGUGUGGGACAGCCCUCCAGCGCGGCGCGCUCCCGUCGCUGCUACAGCCGCCGCCGCUUCUCCCGAGGCGGCUGCGAGCGAGGCCGUCGUACUGCCGGACAGGGACACGGUGCCGCUGAAUCUCUCAAGUGUGAUGAAAGACACGGGCACUAGUCCGCUCGGCAGUCCGCUGUUCCCGCGCGCUCGCACGAAGCCGCCAGCGACGCCGCCGCAGACGCGCAGCGUCGCCACGAGUCCGAUCACGAGCCCCGGCGUCGGCCGACGCGACUUCCCCUCCCCGAAGAGUGCUCAAGAGAAGUUGAAGAUUAUUGGUGCCAAAAUCGCGCAGCGCUCCGUCGCCGGCUCCGACAACGAUAUGCACGACAUCUUCGGCAUGACGGCCUUCUCGGCGCCCAGCUCGCCGCGCUUAGCCGUACAGGUGCAGCCGAAAGCGCGCAGCUUCGAGCUGGUGCCCGAGCGCGCUCGCAUCGCCGACCAGGCGCGCUCUCUGAGCGUCGGCAUGAACCCGAUGAGCGGACACUCGGCGCCUUCACUCGGCCGCUUGCGCACGCCGCCGCCGCCGCUGAAGGCGACAUCUGGCGGCGGCAGGACGCCGUCGCCGCGUCAUCGGUCUAAGAACGAACAGCGGCGGCGGCGGUGGCAUCGCUGA